AUGCAGGAAACCAAUCCCCCUCAAGUAGAGGUUGAGGCAGAUGAUACUCUAGCCGGAGACCUUUAUGAAGACUCCUCUGUGGCUUCAUUGAGAUCAAGCAUUUUGGAGAAUGAGGUUGAGAAUGGCCGCACGUAUCACUCCAUGAGCUCGGGAAAAUACCAAUACCCGAAUGAUGAAAGAGAGAACGAUCGUUUAGACUUUCAACAUCAUAUCUGGAAACUCACCUUAGAUGGGGCACUUGCAACUGCCCCUGCUCACAAGACGGCGAAGCGCAUCUUAGAUAUGGGUACAGGAACUGGUAUCUGGGCUUGUGAAUAUGGUUGGUAUUUUCCAGUCCUGCGCUUCAAAAUCAUUCCUUUGCUAAUGAGAAUAGCGGACGAAUUCCCAACUGCCGAGGUCAUCGGCGUCGACCUGAGUCCCAUCCAGCCUCUCUGGACACCUCCAAAUUGUAGAUUUGAGAUUGACGAUCUUGAGAAGGAAUGGACCUGGUCUGAGCCUUUCGAUUACAUCCACUGUCGUACAAUGGAGGGCUCGUUCGCCAAUCCAGCUAAGAUCAUCAAGAAGAUUUACAAAGCUCUUGAGCCCGGUGGGUGGUUCGAGGCCGGAGGCUUCGUCCUCCCCAUGGGUUGCGACGAUGGCAGCGUCCCCAAGGAUUCGGCUCUCAGCCGGUGGCAUGAUCUCCUGGCAGAGGCUGGCGAAAAGUGCGGCCGCUCCAUCGAGAGCCCUUCCAAGUACACAAGCGCUAUUGAAGAGGCUGGGUUUGUCGACAUUGUGAACAAGCAGUACAUUUGGCCUCUCAACUCAUGGCCCAAGGACGAGGACCUCAAGGAAAUUGGGAGGUGGCAAUUCGUUAAUCUCGACCUGGGCAUUGAAGCACUCUCGAUGGGCCUGCUGACGCGUGUAAUGGAUUGGACAAAGGAAGAAGUCUUUGCCUUUUGCGCCGAGCUCCGGAACGAUUUGAAGAAGAAGGAGUACCACGCCUAUUGGAGGGUCCAUGUUGUCUACGCCCGCAAACCGUUGGCUGAAGAUACUCCGAAAGAGUGA